UUGAAAUAUUCUGGUUUUCCAGUGAUAAAAGGACAUUUGUUUUCGCGUAUUAAAAGGAAUGGCUGGACUCUCAUCAAAGUGGCUAGAUGAUUCGCACUUGUCUUUUCUGCUAGCGGAUAAUUUAGUAAAUGCAAUUGGGGAUCCAGAUUUGCAAAGAAUGCGAAGACACAUUAUGGAUGUUAUGGAUCGACUGGAUCAUUGCAAUGACCAAAUGGAAUUAAUAAGAGCUGGCGGUUGCGCGGAAGGAUUCCGAAUAAGAGGAUCAGAUGUAGAUCAUAUGAUUGUAGAUAAACUCACCAAAGUCGUAGCUGAAAUUCCAAAGAAUUUUGGAAGUUUUAUGACCGUCGUCAGAAUGAAGAAAACCCCUGACGAACCACCUGGCUAUGUUAAACUUAUUGUAUUAACUCCUCUUACGCCUUUAGUACACAUAAGAGAAUCGAUGCAAAAGAUCAGGGGCGACUAUUAUUUGUCUAGCGAAGCUUUUAUGAAAUGGUUCCAGAGGCAAAAUCCUGUUGGAGAUCUUCACGGACCCUGUGUAUUGGAAAGAACUGAAGAUGGAGAUCAUGACAGGUCGUUUUGUCUGCAAUACAAAGACUGGCCUGUAUUUGCCAAUGAAUGGAUUGAAAGAAAAAGGUCAUAUGAAUGGCCUUCCAAUGAACUUAAAAUAAAAAUAAAAACAUUAGGGUGUCAUUUAAUGGCGAUUGGAUCAAAAAAGCUUAAUACAAAUUUCCAUUCAGUUGAUACUGUGAACUCUGUAUGGAUUGGAGAUCCUCUUCAGUGGAGAAUAUCUUUUUCCCUCGCAGAGAAACAUCUUGUUUACUCCUUCAAUAACACUCAGUUUUUGACGUAUGGAAUUUUCAAACUUUUGAAUCAAGAGGUAUUUUCGCAAGAUUCCAUUAUCAAGAACUGUAUAUGUUCUUACUUUCUUAAAACAGUGCUAUUUUGGACAGUUGAAGAGACGCCAUCCGAUUGUUGGAAGCCAGAGCGUUUGGUUUAUUGUGUCGACAUAUGCUUUCAAAAACUAAUUGAAUGGACCAAGAACGGAUUUUGCCCAAAUUACUUUAUUAGGGAUAACAACAUGUUCUUGGGAAAGGUACAAGAGUGUGAACUAGGGUAUAUAUCCAGUAAACUUAAUGAUUUACAUAAGAAGGGAUGGAGAUGCUUGUUAAGCUGCCCUUCCUUAUUUGUCUUAAAAAAGGCCUUAGAAGAUGCUAGGAAAAUGACAACACCUUUUUCGUUACCUAUCUUUAAUCCGGAGGAGGAUUUUAGAUGUUUAAAAACUUCACUAAGAGAUGCUGAUAAUACACAUGUAGAAGCAAACAUAGAUUAUGUCUUGUUUGGCGAAAUACUUUCCAAAAAACCACAAUUUCCAACGGUACAAGUGCUGGAGUUUGAACUUAGAAAAUCGAUCUCAUUGGAAAUUCAAGAAAACCUCGAUCCUUUGGACCUAGACAUUUUAAGAUUGCGUCGAUACCAAACCUUAUAUGAUCUUGCUCUCGUGUAUCUCAACAUUUCUAUGACAAAACACACUACACGGAGUAAGUAUGCAUUUAUACGAAAAGCAUUUUGCUACUUGCACCUUGUUCGAUUUUCAGAUAUAAGCAGGGGCAAUCUUACACUUGCAACCGCUUACUACUGUAUAGGGAGGUUUGAAUCGGCUCUUGAGUACAUAAAGGACUAUGAUGAUAUUAAUGGAGAAGGCCUUGGCCGUGUCUAUAUUCCUUUUGGUUCUGGUAAUGUUUACAAUGAUCCCAACUAUCAUAAACACUUUUGUGGACGUGGAUUGAGCAUCAUGGAAAAAAUGUCGUUGGCGGUAUCUUACGACUUUGUAGUCCAUCGAUCAAUGCCUCUUAUUCCAAUAGAGAUUGCUCUUGAAGUAACAAUGAUGAGAAGGGCGCAAUCACGCCUUGUAAUUCCACUUGAACUGUACUCGGUGUUCCUGAAAAUUCUGUGUCAUACUUACUUGAGAAAUCUUAAACUGGUUGAGCAUUUAGCAACAGUCCUAGAAAACACUUUGCAACGCACACCGAAUGCAGAAAAGUAUCUAAAAUAUAUAAUGCUUGCUGUUACUUCGGUGAAAUUAGGAAAGUACGAAAAAGCUAUGCGAUAUUAUUGUUUAGCCCAUAUCUACAAAAGAAGACUAGUCAUUUACUAUCCUGACCGUCCAGAAUGGCAAAGUAGAACAUCGGUGUUAUUUUACAUUGCUCAAAUGCUUCGAAAUUUGAUGCCAGUUUGAAUAUUGACAUCUUGUCACGAUACUAAAACUGAUACUUCCCUGUCUAUAUACAUGUAGCAAACCCGUUCACUGUCACCGUGUGAAAAAACUCAUAAUGUAUAUUAAAAGCAAAGUACACCAGAAUGUAUCCAUUACAUCUUUGCUAAACGAUGAUAUGUACAUGCACCGCUGAAAUACACUCGAGAUGAUCAAUUUGGUAUCUGUACAUUGCAUAUAAGCACGAGGGAAGCGACUCUUUGGCUUGUUUUGACGGUGUGCAAACUGAGUCUAAAGAGUAAUACAAGUAAUAGCUUUCCAAAAAGCUUGCCUGACUAAACAAAAUUAUUCAAUGGAAGCAUCCAUGUAUCAAUUAGGCUAUCUUAUUAGAAAUGAAUUUUUAUUUUCGCUGCUGAUCAUAAAUUUAUAAACGGAACGUGCAAAUUUAAGACGAAAUGUCAGUCUUUUCUUCGAUCUAGAACAUGUACAUAUAUAUCACUUGAAAUUCAGUUAAUUUAUAAAUUCAAUUAUUUUUAGGAAUGUACAGUACACAUAUCAUAUAAGUGCAUGUAAGCUUGAAAGCUGAAGAGUAAAUAGUCGGGUUUUUUAAAAUUAUAUUUGUUAUACUUAGAUGUAAAAUCAACUGAAAGGCAUUUUUAAAAAAAUUUCCAACCAUAUGAAAUAUAAAAGGGUAUACAAACACGUAUUGUUUUUUAAUGUGUGUGGGCAGCUUCAUCAAAAUCAUCUUGACAAGCAAUUAAAAAAGGGUGAAUUCUCAAAUUCAUGAAAAAAACCUAACUGUAACUUCAAUUCAAUUAGAAUUCCUUAUUUGCAGUUUUAUUUAUUGCAUGCUCCUACAAAAGUGGAAGGGGGGGGCAAAUCCAUGAUAUUUCCAUUUAUCAUAUAAAGUUAAGAAAAGUGCCAGCUGCCAAAAAAGUGGGGAGGGGGAAGCAGCCCCCCUCACUCCAACCCCUGAUGAUACGUGCCUGUGAUGUAAACACAUUGUGUGCUCUGGGGUAUUCGCAUGAUCCCAGCGCACUCGUCAACUAAUAGGUGCGCAAAAUGAUGAAUGAGACAUUAUGGCGCGAAAUCCUACUAUUACCGUUCACGCAACGAAUGAACUCACCCAUUGGCAGAAGAUCCAUGGGGAG